AUGGAAACGACGAUCUCCACUACUGUGAACUUCAGGCCAUAUGGCAAAAUUCUUCCUGGGAAAGAUUCGGAUAUUGCAAUGUGCGACGAUCGCUGUAGGGAUUCGGAUUUUGCAAUGUGCGACGAUCGCUGUAGGGAUUCGGAUUUUGCAAUGUGCGACGAUCGCUGUAGGGUCUCGCAUAUUGAAUAA